AUGGGCGGUGCGACUCUACAUCGUGACGCGCUAGGAUAUGAUGCUCCGAGGCAGCCGCAUGGACGUGUUCGCGUGAUGCAACCAGGUGACUCGCCAAUCCAGCAGUUCGGCCCACGGUAUGUCGGUCCGCGACAGCCAGAGGGCGCUGCUCGACCACAGGCGCCGCGCUAUGCGCCAGUGUCGCCUCUAGAUUUUGAAGACGUUCAUGCACCUGUGCCACCAAUGCAGCAGGCACCGACGCAGGAGUUGCCGUUGCGUGUCCCGGACGCACGCCAACGUAAGCUUGCUAUUCGCAAGUUUGAUGGUACAGGACUGUACCAAGGUCUCGGAUCGGGUUCUGCUAACUGGGGUCGCACGUUUUUGCGCCAAGUCACUAUGGCGCAGCAGGCCUGCGGAUUUGCAAGGGCUGAAGAUGUCAAGGUCGACUUGCUGGGACACUACCUAGGUGGGACAGCAGAGCGGUACUACCAAAAACAAGUGGACGUUGGGUGGCUCGAAGAAGCCUCUCUCGAUCACGCUAUGGGCCGGUUGCUACACACAUUCAAGACUACAAUUACGGCGUCGCAAAGCAUAAAACGUUUCACUGUAAGAAAGGAUCCCAAGAGAUCAUGGCCUGAACACUACCUGUAUAUGGUUGCUGUAUGCGAUGCCUGCGGUGGAGGUGCAGAAGCACAAGUUCUCGACAACAUUGUUUACUAUGCUUAG